UCUGCAUUUACACCCCUGCUUCUUCGCAAAAUGAACAGAAAUCCAAUCGCCAUCUUUCCCGCUUCAGGAGGUAUUGGUGGGGGCACAUACCAGCACCUCUUGAAUCUUGUCAAUGCCAAAGACGUUAUACUAGUAGCAAGAACGCCGUCUAAGAUCCCCAAAAGAUACGUAGACGCAGGAGCAGUCGCUCGUUACGGAGACUAUGAUAAGCUCGAAACGCUAGAUCAUGCUUUUGACGGAGCUCGCUAUCUCAAUCUCAUUUCGUACGCAAGUAUCGAACAUGAGCAUCGUUUCAAGGUUCACAAAUACGCUAUCGACGCGGCCAUCCAGUCUGGCGUCACACACAUUUUCUACUCUUCUCUCGGCUUUGCAGGCGAUACUACAGACUCUUUGGCUUUCGUUAUGCAAGCCCAUAUCGAUACUGAGAGGUACCUUGCCAAGCUUGCCGAUAAGCUAGCUUCCUUCACGUACACUGUUGUGCGCCAAGGCCUGUACACUGAAUCAUACGGACUUUACCUAGCCUUCCUCGACCUGAAGGACCCUCCUGCCGAGGUGAAGAUUCCACACAAUGGAAAGGGAACUGGUAUUUCCUGGGUCAAGCGUGAUGAGCUUGGCGAGGGAACAGCACAUCUCCUUGCCGAUUACGCAAAAGACCCAAAGGGCUUCCCACAUGUAAAUGACACGCUCCUCUUGUCUGGACCCCAGGAGCUGUCGCUGGAGCAGAGUGUUGCAUCAAUUGGCCGCGUUCUUGGCAGAGAAAUCAAGAUUCGGCAAUGUUCCAUCGAGGAAUGGGCAUCCCAAGAGGCUGUAGUGGGAGCUUCAGAUUACCUGGCCGGGGACAUGGCGAGACACUGGGCAACAGCGUAUGAUGCUCUCAGGCGCGGAGAGGGCGCUGUAGUUACCAGUCAUCUGCGUACGCUCAUCGGCAGAGAACCCGAAGCUUUUGUAGCAACGAUCACAGCCAUGGUAAAUUCUCGCCAAAACAACGAGACUUCUUAGUUUAGUAGAGGACGAAAAACGUAAGAAAUGUACGUUAAGGACACGUUAGCAUCCUUUAGCUGAACAAGUAGCCUCCAAGGUCUGCACAAAUCUACAACGAUGCGUUUGUUUCGAUCUAGUGAAGCUGAUACGAAUUGAGCUUGG